AUGACAGAAAUCACAAAUCUCAGCUUAGACCUCAUAGAAUCUAUCCUAUCUCAUCUCCCAAUCCCAUCUUUGAUCCAAGCUUCAACCGUUUGCAAACUAUGGCACACAAUAAUCUCAUCAUCUACCUUUUCUUCACUCCACAAACAUCAACACAAACCUUGGUUUUUCCUCCAUGGUAUCCACAACAUCUCUUCCAAAAACAAUCAAUCUUUUGCCUUUGACCCUUCUUCUAACUCUUGGUUCCUUCUUCCUACACCUCAACAGCCUCUUCAUUACCCCAACAACACUUCCUUCAUUGGUACUUCAUCUUUCUUCUUCAUCACUGCUCCUAACUUUGUUUACACUCCUAUUCUUCAUCCUCUUGUUUGGUUUUCUACUCCACCUCUCCAUUUCCCUCGGAUCAAUCCUCUUUUGGGUGUUUUCAAUGAUGGGUCUUCCGUGAAGUUUAUUGUUGUUGGUGGUGUUAGGUUCAUUGGUAAUCUUGUUGAUAUAGAGGAUCGUUUGGAUGUUGAAAUCUAUGACCCUCUUUUGGGUUCUUGGGAUUUAGCUCAUCCUCUUCCUGCGGAUUUCAGAUCUGGAAACUCGUCCUCUUCACUUUCCUCGGCUUUGUUCAAAGGGAGAUUCUAUGUUUUCGGGAUUUAUUCAUGUUUUGUUUCUUCCUUUGAUUUGGAACUUCGUGUUUGGGGUGAUGUUAGGGUUGUUAGGCCUUCUGGGGUUGUGUUUUCUUUCUUGAUUUCUUGUAGGGAAAGUCUUGUUUUGGCUGGGGUUUGUAAUUCUCCAAGUGGGUAUAGCUUCACUUUGUGGGAGGUUGAUGAGAUGAGUAUGGAGAUUUGUGAGAUUUCUGUUAUGCCUCCUGAUUUGCUUUGUAGUUUGUUUGAUGGUGAUGAGGAGGAUAGGUUUGCUAGCUUGAAGUGUGUUGGGUUGGGGGAUCUUAUAUAUGUUUUCAAUGAGGAUUAUCAUAGGAUGUACCCGGCUUGUGUUUGCGAGAUUCGCGGUGGUCGUCGUGGUGGUGAGAAUAGUGAGUGUUAUUGGAGGAGGGUGCCUCAAUUGCCAUCAUUGAUGAAUAGGUUUCACAAAGUUGUUAGCUUUUGUUCAAAUGUUUCAUUGCAUAGCAUUCUGGGUGAACGGCAACACCAUGGAAUUCAUUAA